GCUCUUCUAAGAGCUAACCUUUAGUCAGUGGGUGACUUUCUUCAUGGGAGUAAAAGGAAGCUGUUAUGAAAUAGCUCUUAUGGAACUGUUACAAGCUUUCAAGCAUUCAAAGGUCUAAAUGAAAAAGGCUAAGUAUUAUUUCAAAAGGCAAGUAUAUCCUAAUAUAGCAAAACAAACAAAACAAAAUCCAUCAGCUACUCCUCCAACUGAAGUGAUGAAGCCCAAAUAAUUCAUAUAGCAAAAUGGAGAAAAUUAGACCGGCCAUCUAAAAAUCUGCCAUUGGUGAAGUGAUGAAGAACAUUUACUGUCUUAUUCCAAAACUUGUCAAUUUUGCAACUCUUGGCUGCCUAUGGAUUUCUGUGGUGCAGUGUACGGUUUUAAAUAGCUGCCUAAAGUCGUGUGUAACUAAUCUGGGCCAGCAGCCUGACCUUGGCACACCACAUAAUCUGAGUGAACCGUGUAUCCAAGGAUGUCACUUUUGGAACUCUGUAGAUCAGAAAAACUGUGCUUUAAAGUGUAAUGAUACUUAUGCCACCGUUUGUGAGCGGGAGUCAUGUGAGGUUGGCUGUAGCAGCGCGGAAGGUGCAUAUGAAGAGGAAAUACUGGAAAAUGCAGACCUUCCAACUGCUCCCUUUGCUUCUUCCAUUGGAAGCCACAAUAUGACAUUACGAUGGAAAUCUGCAAACUUCUCUGGAGUAAAAUACAUCAUUCAGUGGAAAUAUGCACAACUUCUGGGAAGCUGGACUUAUACUAAGACUGUGUCCAGACUGUCCUAUGUGGUCAAGCCCCUGCACCCCUUCACUGAGUACGUUUUCCGAGUGGUUUGGAUCUUCACAGCGCAGCUGCAGCUCUACUCCCCUCCAAGUCCCAGUUACAGGACUCAUCCUCAUGGAGUUCCUGAAACUGCACCUUUGAUUAGGAAUAUUGAGAGCUCAAGUCCCGACACUGUGGAAGUCAGCUGGGAUCCACCUCAAUUCCCAGGUGGACCUAUUUUGGGUUAUAACUUAAGGCUGAUCAGCAAAAAUCAAAAAUUAGAUGCAGGGACACAGAGAACCAGUUUCCAGUUUUACUCCACUUUACCAAAUACUAUCUACAGGUUUUCUAUUGCAGCAGUAAAUGAAGUUGGUGAGGGUCCAGGAGCAGAAUCUAGUAUUACCACUUCAUCUUCAGCAGUUCAACAAGAGGAACAGUGGCUCUUUUUAUCCAGAAAAACUUCUCUAAGAAAGAGAUCUUUAAAACAUUUAGUAGAUGAAGCACAUUGCCUUCGGUUGGAUGCUAUAUACCAUAAUAUUACAGGAAUAUCUGUUGAUGUCCACCAGCAAAUUGUUUAUUUCUCUGAAGGAACUCUCAUAUGGGCGAAGAAGGCUGCCAACAUGUCUGAUGUAUCUGACCUGAGAAUUUUUUACAGAGGUUCAGGAUUAAUUUCUUCUAUCUCCAUAGAUUGGCUUUAUCAAAGAAUGUAUUUCAUCAUGGAUGAACUGGUAUGUGUCUGUGAUUUAGAGAACUGCUCAAACAUCGAGGAAAUUACUCCACCCUCUAUUAGUGCACCUCAAAAAAUUGUGGCUGAUUCAUACAAUGGGUAUGUCUUUUACCUCCUGAGAGAUGGCAUUUAUAGAGCAGAUCUUCCUGUACCAUCUGGCCGGUGUGCAGAAGCUGUGCGUAUUGUGGAGAGUUGCACGUUAAAGGACUUUGCAAUCAAGCCACAAGCCAAGCGAAUCAUUUACUUCAAUGACACUGCCCAAGUCUUCACGUCAACAUUUCUGGAUGGCUCUGCUUCCCAUCUCAUCCUACCUCGCAUCCCCUUUGCUGAUGUGAAAAGUUUUGCUUGUGAAAACAAUGACUUUCUUGUCACAGAUGGCAAGGUCAUUUUCCAACAGGAUGCUUUGUCUUUUAAUGAGUUCAUCGUGGGAUGUGACCUGAGUCACAUAGAAGAAUUUGGGUUUGGUAACUUGGUCAUCUUUGGCUCAUCCUCCCAGCUGCACCCUCUGCCAGGCCGCCCGCAGGAGCUUUCGGUGCUGUUUGGCUCUCACCAGGCUCUUGUUCAAUGGAAGCCUCCUGCCCUUGCCAUAGGAGCCAGCCCUUCUGCCUGGCAGAACUGGACCUAUGAGGUGAAAGUAUCCACCCAAGACCCUCCUGAAGUCACUCAUAUUUUCUUGAACAUAAGUGGAACCAUGCUGAAUGUACCUGAGCUGCAGAGUGCUAUGAAAUACAAGGUUUCUGUGAGAGCAAGUUCUCCAAAGAGGCCAGGCCCCUGGUCAGAGCCCUCAGUGGGUACUACCCUGGUGCCAGCUAGUGAACCACCAUUUAUCAUGGCUGUGAAAGAAGAUGGGCUUUGGAGUAAACCAUUAAAUAGCUUUGGCCCAGGAGAGUUCUUAUCCUCUGAUAUAGGAAAUGUGUCAGACAUGGAUUGGUAUAACAACAGCCUCUACUACAGUGACACAAAAGGAGACGUUUUUGUGUGGCUGCUGAAUGGGACGGAUAUCUCAGAGAAUUAUCACCUACCCAGCAUUGCAGGAGCAGGGGCUUUAGCUUUUGAGUGGCUGGGUCACUUUCUCUACUGGGCUGGAAAGACAUAUGUGAUACAAAGGCAGUCUGUGUUGACGGGACACACAGACAUUGUUACCCACGUGAAGCUAUUGGUGAAUGACAUGGUGGUGGAUUCAGUUGGUGGAUAUAUCUACUGGACCACACUCUAUUCAGUGGAAAGCACCAGACUAAAUGGGGAAAGUUCCCUUGUACUACAGACACAGCCUUGGUUUUCUGGGAAAAAGGUAAUUGCUCUAACUUUAGACCUCAGUGAUGGGCUCCUGUAUUGGUUGGUUCAAGACAGUCAAUGUAUUCACCUGUACACAGCUGUUCUUCGGGGACAGAGCAGCACUGGGGAUACCACCAUCACAGAAUUUGCAGCCUGGAGUACUUCUGAAAUUUCCCAGAAUGCACUGAUGUACUAUAGUGGUCGGCUGUUCUGGAUCAAUGGCUUUAGGAUUAUCACAACUCAGGAAAUAGGUCAGAAAACCAGUGUCUCUGUUUUGGAACCAGCCAGAUUUAAUCAGUUCACAAUUAUUCAGACAUCCCUUAAGCCUCUGCCAGGGAACUUUUCCUUUACCCCUAAGGUUAUUCCAGAUUCUGUUCAAGAGUCUUCAUUUAGGAUUGAAGGAAAUGCUUCAAGUUUUCAAAUCCUGUGGAAUGGUCCCCCUGCGGUAGACUGGGGUGUAGUUUUCUACAGUGUAGAAUUUAGUGCUCAUUCUAAGUUCUUGGCUAGUGAACAACACUCUUUACCUGUAUUUACUGUGGAAGGACUGGAACCUUAUGCCUUAUUUAAUCUUUCUGUCACUCCUUAUACCUACUGGGGAAAGGGCCCCAAAACAUCUCUGUCACUUCGAGCACCUGAAACAGUUCCAUCAGCACCAGAGAACCCCAGAAUAUUUAUAUUACCAAGUGGAAAAUGCUGCAACAAGAAUGAAGUUGUGGUGGAAUUUAGGUGGAACAAACCUAAGCAUGAAAAUGGGGUGUUAACAAAAUUUGAAAUUUUCUACAAUAUAUCCAAUCAAAGUACUACAAACAAAACAUGUGAAGACUGGAUUGCUGUCAAUGUCACUCCCUCAGUGAUGUCUUUUCAAGUUGAAGGCAUGAGUCCCAGAUGCUUUAUUGCCUUCCAGGUUAGGGCCUUUACAUCUAAGGGGCCAGGACCAUUUGCUGACGUUGUAAAGUCUACAACAUCAGAAAUCAACCCAUUUCCUCACCUCAUAACUCUUCUUGGUAACAAGAUAGUUUUUUUAGAUAUGGAUCAAAAUCAAGUUGUGUGGACGUUUUCAGCAGAAAGAGUUAUCAGUGCCGUUUGCUACACAGCUGAUAAUGAGAUGGGAUAUUAUGCUGAAGGGGACUCACUCUUUCUUCUGCACUUGCACAAUCGUUCUAGCUCUGAGCUUUUCCAAGAUUCACUGGUUUUUGAUAUCACAGUUAUUACAAUUGACUGGAUUUCAAGGCACCUCUACUUUGCACUGAAAGAAUCACAAAAUGGAAUGCAAAUAUUUGAUGUUGAUCUUGAACACAAGGUGAAAUAUCCCAGAGAGGUGAAGAUUCACAAUAGGAAUUCAACAAUAAUUUCUUUUUCUGUAUAUCCUCUUUUAAGUCGCUUGUAUUGGACAGAAGUUUCCAAUUUUGGCUACCAGAUGUUCUACUACAGUAUUAUCAAUCACACCUUGCACCGAAUUCUGCAACCCACAGCUACAAACCAACAAAACAAAAGGAAUCAAUGUUCUUGUAAUGUGACUGAAUUUGAGUUAAGUGGAGCAAUGGCUAUUGAUACCUCUAACCUAGAGAAACCAUUGAUAUACUUUGCCAAAGCACAAGAGAUCUGGGCAAUGGAUCUGGAAGGCUGUCAGUGUUGGAGAGUUAUCACAGUACCUGCUAUGCUCGCAGGAAAAACCCUUGUUAGCUUAACUGUGGAUGAAGAUUUUAUAUACUGGAUCAUCACAGCAAAGGACAGCACACAGAUUUAUCAAGCAAAGAAAGGAAAUGGGGCCAUCGUUUCCCAGGUGAAGGCCCUAAGGAGUAGGCAUAUCUUGGCUUACAGUUCAGUUAUGCAGCCUUUUCCAGAUAAAGCGUUUCUGUCUCCAGCUUCAGACACUGUGGAACCAACUAUACUUAAUGCCACUAACACUAGCCUCACAAUCAGAUUACCUCUGGCCAAGACAAACCUCACAUGGUAUGGCAUCACCAGCCCUACUCCAACAUACCUGGUUUAUUAUGCAGAAGUUAAUGACAGGAAAAACAGCUCUGACUUGAAAUAUAGAAUUCUGGAAUUUCAGGACAGUAUAGCUCUUAUUGAAGAUUUACAACCAUUUUCAACAUACAUGAUACAGAUAGCUGUAAAAAAUUAUUAUUCAGAUCCUUUGGAACAUUUACCACCAGGAAAAAAGAUUUGGGGAAAAACUAAAAAUGGAGUACCAGAGGCAGUGCAGCUCAUUAAUACAACUGUGCGGUCAGACACCAGCCUCAUUAUAUCUUGGAGAGAAUCUCACAAGCCAAAUGGACCUAAAGAAUCAGUCCGCUAUCAGUUGGCAAUCUCACACCUGGCCCUAAUUCCUGAAACUCCUCUAAGACAAAGUGAAUUUCCAAAUGGAAGGCUCACUCUCCUUGUUACUAGACUGUCUGGUGGAAAUAUUUAUGUGUUAAAGGUUCUUGCCUGCCACUCUGAGGAAAUGUGGUGUACAGAGAGUCAUCCUGUCACUGUGGAAAUGUUUAACACACCAGAGAAACCUUAUUCCUUGGUUCCAGAGAACACUAGUUUGCAAUUUAAUUGGAAGGCUCCAUUGAAUGUUAACCUCAUCAGAUUUUGGGUUGAGCUACAGAAGUGGAAAUACAAUGAGUUUUACCAUGUUAAAACUUCAUGCAGCCAAGGUCCUGCUUAUGUCUGUAAUAUCACAAAUCUACAACCUUAUACUUCAUAUAAUGUCAGAGUAGUGGUGGUUUAUAAGACGGGAGAAAAUAGCACCUCACUUCCAGAAAGCUUUAAGACAAAAGCUGGAGUCCCAAAUAAACCAGGCAUUCCCAAAUUACUAGAAGGGAGUAAAAAUUCAAUACAGUGGGAGAAAGCUGAAGAUAAUGGAUGUAGAAUUACAUACUAUAUCCUUGAGAUAAGAAAGAGCACUUCAAAUAAUUUACAGAACCAGAAUUUAAGGUGGAAGAUGACAUUUAAUGGAUCCUGCAGUAGUGUUUGCACAUGGAAGUCCAAAAACCUGAAAGGAAUAUUUCAGUUCAGAGUAGUAGCUGCAAAUAAUCUAGGGUUUGGUGAAUAUAGUGGAAUCAGUGAGAAUAUUAUAUUAGUUGGAGAUGAUUUUUGGAUACCAGAAACAAGUUUCAUACUUACUAUUAUAGUUGGAAUAUUUCUGGUUGUUACAAUCCCACUGACCUUUGUCUGGCAUAGAAGAUUAAAGAAUCAAAAAAGUGCCAAGGAAGGGGUGACAGUGCUUAUAAACGAAGACAAAGAGUUGGCUGAGCUGCGAGGUCUGGCAGCUGGAGUAGGCCUGGCUAAUGCCUGCUAUGCAAUACAUACUCUUCCAACCCAAGAGGAGAUUGAAAAUCUUCCUGCCUUCCCUCGGGAAAAACUGACUCUGCGUCUCUUGCUGGGAAGUGGAGCCUUUGGAGAAGUGUAUGAAGGAACAGCAGUGGACAUCUUAGGAGCUGGAAGUGGAGAAAUCAAAGUAGCAGUGAAGACUUUGAAGAAGGGUUCCACAGACCAGGAGAAGAUUGAAUUCCUGAAGGAGGCACAUCUGAUGAGCAAAUUUAAUCAUCCCAACAUUCUGAAGCAGCUUGGAGUUUGUCUGCUGAAUGAACCCCAAUACAUUAUCCUGGAACUGAUGGAGGGAGGAGACCUUCUUACUUAUUUGCGUAAAGCCCGGAUGGCAACGUUUUAUGGUCCUUUACUCACCUUGGUUGACCUUGUAGACCUGUGUGUAGAUAUUUCAAAAGGCUGUGUCUACUUGGAACGGAUGCAUUUCAUUCACAGGGAUCUGGCAGCUCGAAAUUGCCUUGUUUCCGUGAAAGACUAUACCAGUCCACGGAUAGUGAAGAUUGGAGACUUUGGACUUGCCAGAGACAUCUAUAAAAAUGAUUACUAUAGAAAGAGAGGGGAAGGCCUGCUCCCAGUUCGGUGGAUGGCUCCAGAAAGUUUGAUGGAUGGAAUCUUCACUACUCAAUCUGAUGUAUGGUCUUUUGGAAUUCUGAUUUGGGAGAUUUUAACUCUUGGUCAUCAGCCUUAUCCAGCUCAUUCCAACCUUGAUGUUUUAAACUAUGUGCAAACAGGAGGGAGACUGGAGCCACCAAGAAAUUGUCCUGAUGAUCUGUGGAAUUUAAUGACCCAGUGCUGGGCUCAAGAACCUGACCAAAGACCUACUUUUCAUAGAAUUCAGGACCAACUUCAGUUAUUCAGAAAUUUUUUCUUAAAUAGCAUUUAUCAGUGCAGAGAUGAAGCAAACAACAGUGGAGUCAUAAAUGAAAGCUUUGAAGGUGAAGAUGGCGAUGUGAUUUGUUUGAAUUCAGAUGACCUUAUGCCAGUUGCUUUAAUGGAAACGAAGAACCGAGAAGGGUUAAACUACAUGGUACUUGCUACAGAAUGUGGCCAAGGUGAAGAAAAGUCUGAGGGUCCUCUAGGCUCCCAGGAAUCUGAAUCUUGUGGUCUGAGGAAAGAAGAGAAGGAACCACAUGCAGACAAAGAUUUCUGCCAAGAAAAACAAGUGGCUUACUGCCCUUCUGGCAAGACUGAAGGCCUGAACUAUGCCUGUCUCACUCACAGUGGAUAUGGAGAUGGGUCUGAUUAAUAGCGUUGUUUGGGAAAUACAGAGUUGAGAUAAACACUCUCAUUCAGUAGUUACUGAAAGAAAACUCUGCUAGAAUGAUAAAUGUCAUGGUGGUCUAUAACUCCAAAUAAACAAUGCAACAUUCCUGAUUUCUAAUCUUGGUUCUGAGAGCCAUUUGGUUUCAGUUGUAGCAAUCCCCAUACCAGCUGCCUGACUUUCAGUAGAAUUAUGAGAUGAACACUAAGCAUGUGGAAAGCUUAGGAAGACUCAGAAGUCUGGAAGGGAAACACUGCUCUCCCUUCUCCCUUGAGGUGCUUUAGGCUCUUACCCACCUUUCGGUUUGGGCUGUAAUAAAAAUAUCUUGGCCACAUGUUUAGAGACAGAAUAGGUGUGUUCAGCGAUCUGAAGAAAAGGCUAUCGGCUCAGGGGGUCAACUGAACUACAGAUAAUCUCAAAUGGGGCCAAGGAAAUGAGAAAUAAUUUGACACAUACAGAAGAAACCAGCACCUGUGACUUGAGGAAUCACUUGGAAAGCUGUUACUGCAAUGAUAUAUAUAUUAUCUUUUUUUAAUUUUUUUUUUUUUUUGAGACGAAGUCUUGCUCUGUUGCCCAGGCUGGAGUUCAAUGGCACGAUCUCGGCACUGCAAACUCCACCUCCUGGGUUCAAGCAAUUCUUGUGCCUCAGCCUCCUAAGUAGCUGGGAUUACAGGCAUGUGCCACCACGCCUGGCUAAUUUUUGUAUUUUUAGUAGAGAUGAGGUUUCACCAUAUUGGCCAGGCUGGUCUAGAACUCCUGACCUCGGGAUCCACCCGCCUUGGCCUCCCAAAGUGCUGGAUUACAGGUGUGAGCCACCAUGCCUAGCCGAUAUAUAUUGUCUUUAAUCACUACUGUAAAAUAUUUUGUAGUUUUGAGGCUUACAACAGUAGAUUCAGUCAUGUUGAAAAUAAGACUGAAGAUCUUUUAAGUCCUGAAGUUUUGCAUUCUGUAAUCUUCAGUUGUAUAAAAUCACUCUGACUUGUGUGCUAUUAUGGAAAUUAACUAGUAUAAAGAUUGCUAUUUGCCAUAUCUAUUUUAUGUAUAAAAUACUUAAGAUUACAUUUUGUAUCAAAUUAUGCUUAAAAUUAAAUAUAAAUGAUUAUACAAUGUUAAUUCAAGCUGUGUGGUUUUUAACAACCAUGUGAAAAAAUAAAUACCUAAAUGAGAACUAUUAUAUAAAAAAGCUCUUCAGAGAAACACCUUAACUUAAAACCAAUAUAUAUAUUUUGCAGUUGUCCAUUUAAAUCUUAAAGCCACAAUUGCUCUAACAGCAACACCAGUGAAGCCAUUCUGUGUGUUAUUCAGUUGCAAUAUUCAGGAAAUUUGCUAGAUAUAGAGAAGAACAUUUUGAUUAUAGCAUUUGCUAAAAUCUGCUGUGGAAGAAGAUCAUGUAUCCACUUCCACCUUGGAUAGUUUAGUUAAUCUUUUAAUUUGCCUACUACCUGAGAGCCUGCACAGAUGAUUGGCAAGGAACACAGAGAAGUGAAUGUGUUAGUUCUAUGGUGAACAGCCCCCAAGUUAAGGUCCAGGAUUUGUGGUCACUCUGCCAUAUCUGAUAUUCUGCUGAAUAAGGCACGAUAUUUUGUCUCUGACCUUCUCAUCGUCUAACGGGUAUUUGCCAUUCUUUUUGUUAUGCCAUGAUAUGAAGCCCCUUCCUGUGCUGGGUAAUUCCUCUGCCUUUAUAAUCUGGGUGGGAACUGUGUUCCAUUCGCUCCCCCAGCGUCUCUUGCAGCAAGAAGGCAGGCAUGUGACCCAGCCCUCACCACUAAGACCCACCCACCCACCUGCGCCAGGCUUCUCAUUGAGACCUAGGGAUGCAAAGAAUCAGAGACCACGGGAAGUCUUCUCUGGUGAUGGUGCCAACUGCAAUAGUCUGUGUGUUAGUCCAUUUUCAUACUGCUAUGAAGAAAUACCUGAGACUGGGCAAUUUAUAAAGAAAAAGAGAUUUAAUGGAAUCACAGUUCCACAUGGCUGGUGAGGCCUCACAAUCAUGGUGGAAGAUGAAGGAGGAGUAAAGGCAUGUCUUACAUGGCAGCAGGCAAGAGAGCAUGUGCAAGGGAACUGCCCUUUAUAAAACCAGCAGAUCUCCUGAGACUUACUCACUAUCACAAGAACAGCACGAGAAAAUCCACCAUGAUUCAAUUACUUCCCACUGGGUCCCUCCCACAUACAUUGGGAUUAUGACAGCUACAAUUCAAGAUAAGAUUUGGGUGGGGACACAGCCAACCCAUAUCAAUCUGGCUCCUGGCACA